CCGAGCCAACAAUCCGCCUUAUAGUACAGAGACUCUCUACGGAGUACACAAAAGCCAGUUACCACAUAACUAUAUCGCUAACGAAUCUGCGCUUUAAAUAUUGCAUUACCCUUGCGGGAGAAAGUCAAACAAGAAUCAGGCCUAAGCCGCAGGUGCGGGAAAGCGUUCUCCUUUAUAGUUCCCAAUGACCGAGUGAAGUCAUUACGCAGCGGAUAGACAUAUCCGAGAUAAAGGCCGUAGCGAAAUUCUGGUCUGAUGCGCGAAGAUCCCACAAUCUCUGCUGGCCGGCUGCGCGAGAAACGUGAUCCUUGUUCUCGUAAAUGCGGUUGACUUUAUUCAGUUAUCUUCGCCGAAUCAUUUACGAUGCACCGGCUACGCCGAAGAACCCGUACAUGAUUGACUUUGGUAAAUGCCUUCAUGCAUUCCUAGUACAAGGGGCACGCCCAACGGGUUGGCGAUAGCAGCAAUUGGUGGAUAGCCGAUGCCCUUCGGGUUGCCACACAUGCUACAUGCAGCAGGAAACAGCGCGAGGAAUCAGCUAUCAGAGUGCGAAGUCAAUGCGGAGUACUAUCAAGAACGAGGUACAUAGUUGAUGUGCAUCGAGGAGGAAAAUCGUAAUCAUUUCGGGCUUCAGGGCCCGAUAUCGGUUUCCACACCUCCCAGUUUUACUCUGUACUCCGUAUACAACUUGGCUUUCCCUAAACCCCGGUAUACAUUAGCAUAUCUGGACUUCGUUCCGACCUUGUCCGCGCGCUUGCUCCUCUCCGAUGCGAGAAGAUCGCGAUCAACUCUCUCCACCCCAAAUCCUCGUGGCAACCAGCCCUUUACAGGCAGCCAUCUCAUUCUUCGUCGGUCCACCCUGGGACGAAUACCUCAUACCGCGGUCAAGGGUUCUCGAAGCUGCUUCUCUGUUCACGAAGGGAGACGAGGCCGGGAGCAUCGACGUCCUGGGUGGUGUAAGGAGUAUAUUGAGAAGUCUCGUGGCAUAGAGUGCUCUGUAGGGGAAAUCCGUUCGGGCGGGCGGGAGUUUGCAUAAGAAAGCAAAACCGAGGGUGUCUGAGAUGCCAGCUAAGCCAUUGUUAACGCGGGCAGGAAAAGAAAUGCGCUUCGCAGAGUUCUUCGGCGGAAACCUUCG